AUGGAGCCCGGCAGCCAGGACGCGGAGGCCGGCUCGGAGGGCGCGGCAGGCGACCCGUACCGGCGGCCGGCGCGGCGCACGCAGUGGCUGCUGAGCGCCCUGGCGCACCACUACGGGCUGGACCGCGGCGUGGAGAAUGAGAUCGUGGUGCUGGCCACCGGCCUGGACCAGUACCUUCAGGAGGUCUUCCACCACCUGGACUGCCGCGGCGCCGGCCGUCUGCCCCGCGCCGACUUCCGAGCGCUCUGCGCGGUGCUGGGGCUGCGUGCUGAGGGGACAACCGCCGCUAGGGAGGCAGCUGCGGAAGACGUGAACUCCAAGAAUGUGAGCACCGGGGACGCGGCCCCUGUGACUGACGCGGAUUCCGAUGCCGAGGAGGAGGCGCGCCUCGCGCUGCAUGCCGAGCCGCCAGAGCUCACCUUCCGCCAGUUCCACGCGCGCCUCUGUGGCUACUUCGGCACUCGCGCAGGGCCCCGGCUGCCCCGCGGCGCUCUCAGCGAGCACAUCGAGACGCAGAUCCGCCUGCGCCGCCCGCGCCGCCGCCGCCGCCUGCCCCGAGUGCCCGGCCCGGAUGGCGGCCCCGACGGUGGUUCCGACGACGAGCGCGUGGCGCGGCUGGAGGAGGAGAACAGCAGCCUGCGCGAGCUGGUGGAGGACCUGCGCGCCGCUCUGCAGAGUAGUGACGCGCGCUGCUUAGCGCUGCAGCUGCGCAGCCUGCACCGCGUGCGCGAGCUCGAGGCGCAGGCGCGACAGGUGCCGAGCCUGCAGCGCUGGGUGCGGCGCCUGGAGGCGGAGCUGCGGCGGUACAGGUCAGGGGGCUCCCAGCUUCCAACCCUGACACGAGCCAGCCCAGAGCCAGGAGACAAAAGUGGCAAACCUGAGGACAUUGGGACCAGAGACCCAGACCCCACCGCAGAGGGAGCCUGGCAGUCAGAUAGCAGCUGCGGAAGCAGAGCCCUGGAUGAAGUGGAUGAGCAGCUGUUCCGCUCCGUGGAGGGCCAGGCCGCCUCUGAUGAGGAAGAGGAGGAGGAGUGGCAGGAGGAGCAGAGGCCCCCAGCCGAGGCCAAGCCCCUGCUGGCACAGCUCUCCGGCUGCAGGAGCGGGUGUGAUGACCAGACAGCCAAGCGGCUCCUGACUUGCUUUGGCCACUUUGGAGGUGCCGACCACACCCACGCCCUGGGGGAGCUGGAGGCCCGUGUGGCCAUGCUGGUGAAGCAGCUGGGGACCCAGGGCUGCAGUGGUGGGAAGACUCUGGGGACGCUGGGGGAGGAGGCAGAACUACAGCAGAAGGUGGAAGAGAAUGAGCACUUGCGGCUGGAACUACAGAUGGUGGAGACUGAGAGGGUGCGGCUGUCCCUGCUGGAGGAGAAGCUGGUGGAUGUGCUGCAGCUGCUGCAGAGGCUCCGAGCCCUGAACAUAUCGAAAAGAGCCCUGGGGAAGAUUUUGCUGAGCACGCUGGAUACCUGCAGAGACCAAGGUAGGCGAGGGAGCUCUGGCCCCUUGGCCAUCCUGAAUGCCCUGCAUGGAGCCUUGGCUGGCUGUGAGCUUUUGCAGGGACAGCCCUCUGAACUGACCUCUGAAGCUCCUGCACUCACCAGCCCCCUCCUCAUCUCCUGCUAA